GGGCGGUUCUUCUUCAGGUCCUUUAGAGAAGUGACAGUUUGGUGACUUCCUGUGAAGCAGGAAGUGAAGCAGCGUUAGAGCUUCAGUCCUCAACAUGAACGCUCGUCUCCUCCUCUUCUUCUUCUCUCUCAGCUCCUUGUUGCAGGACGGUCUCACUGAGCUUGUGUUCACUGGACCUGAAGGAGGAUCUGUCACAGUCAGCUGUUCAUUUAGCUUAUCUGGAUGGAAGAAGCUUUUCUGCAGGAAGUCGUGUGAAGACGGAGACGUCCUGAUUGAGACAAAAGACGACUCAGCUCAGAGAGACAGAUACAGCAUCAAAUAUGAAGAAGGAACUUUUCCAGUAUCUCUUACAUUUGUUCAUGUGAAAAUAAAAGAUCUGAAGAAGUCCGACUCUGGAAAGUACACGUGUGGUUUGAAGAGAAGUUUUCCUCGUCCAGACGGAAACGAAAAGGUUGAGAUCAUCGUCACAGACGCUUCACCUUCUUCGACACCGAGCAGGCCAGUGGAACCUUCUCCAACAUCUCUCCCAGCAGCCACAACCACUGCUCCCACCUCAAGCUCUCCUGAAACCAGUGAGCAGUCAUCUGCUCCUCAGGUGCAGAUGACUACCAGUAAGAAGCCCAUGUUCACAAAUCACAAGAUCACACCUGUCCUGCUGACUGUGAGUGUCAUCAUCAUCAUCAUCUUCAUCAUCACACUCUCAGUGACUGUGAUGGUUUUCUGCAGGAACAGAACCAGUAAACACACAGAGUCUCCUGAACCUCCAGAUGAAGACGAGGUUGAGGCAGAAUACGAGGAGGUGGCAGACGUCAGAGUGACCUCGUCAUCCUCAGUGGAGCAGUUUGAACUUUACUCUCUGGCUCAGUUCAGUGAACCAAACCGAACCUGAUCUGAUCUCUGCCACAAUCCUGAGGUCACAAGGUUGAAGUCGACUCCAUCACGUGCACCGACACUGAGGUGGAGUCUAACCUCAGUGACUCACUCCACAGCGCCCCCUAUAGACAUGUGGACACUGUUACUCAGGUACAGAUGAACUGUGUCAGUGGAGAAGCUUCAUGUUCUCUGUUCUCCACUUUGCUUCAGGUUAAAUGUAACUGUAACUGUAACUGUAACUAUAACUUUAACUGUAACUAUAACUAUAACUGUAACUAUAGCUGUAACUGUAACUAUAAAUGUAACUGUAACUGUAACUCAGUAACUUCAUGUUACAGAUCGUUUACUCUUAAAUAGUAAAUAACUUUUAAAUAAUAUAAUAAACUUUGUAUCUAUCUAUAUGCAUUUGUUACCUCUAGUCUGAAUUACUGUACUUAUAGGUUUCAAUAAGUCAUGACUAAAAUAUUCUAUUUUAUUCUAUUUGAUACUAUUUCUAUUUUAUUUUAUAGGUUGUAAUCACUUGAGCAUUGCUAGAAGAGAGCCUGAGACUCAAGCUUCAUGUUAUUGUUGUGUAUUUGAUAAUAAAAAUCUUGAAUCUUGAAUCUCUUGACUCCUCCAUGCACACACAAGUUACUCAUGGAGUUCCACAAGGUUCUUUCCUCGGACCGAUACUCUUCACCUUAUGAGGAGCUCGUACAGCUGGUUAGUUAACAUUCACCUGGUUAGUUAACAUACACCACAUCUGAAGCAGCCGCUCAGUGACUCUGUAGAAGUGAAACACCGAGCUCCUCUGGUCUCAGCUGCUCUGGUCUCAGCUGCUCUGGGAUCAGCUCCUCUGGGAUCAGCUCCUCUGGUCUCAGCUCCUCUGGUCUCAGCUCCUCUGGGAUCAGCUCCUCUGGGAUCAGCUCCUCUGGUCUCAGCUCCUCUGGUCUCAGCUGCUCUGGGAUCAGCUCCUCUGGGAUCAGCUCCUCUGGGAUCAGCUCCUCUGGUCUCAGCUCCUCUGGUCUCAGCUGCUCUGGGAUCAGCUGCUCUGGGAUCAGAGCAGAAGCUGCAGCUGGUUUUCACCGAGCUGGAGAUUCUGUGUCCUCCUCCCCCAUCACUGGUUCUCAGGACCUGAUCAGCACAGGAAGUCUCUGAGUGAUUCCAGUUUAUCAGACUCAUUGAAACAUCAUGAAGGUCACAGCCGGACCAGAUAGUCCCCUUGGUGUUAGUUUGUCCCCAGCUCCACUGUGAGGAGCCUGAGUUAGGACCAGGACAUGUGACCCACAUAUAGAACAAGUCUCUAGGACAGCUUUCUUCAACCAGCACAGUUUCAUGAACAUUAGGAACAUCCUGUCUCAGAGGGAACCUGAGGAGCUCGUCCAUCUGUUCCCUCGAGACUGGAUCCGUGUGAUUCUUUAUGAUCAGCAUGGGUUCGAGACUCAGACACCAUCUCUACAGUCAAGGUUAAACCUAAAACGCUCAUCGUUAGUUCUGGAUCAGGUCCUGAAACAUCCCUUAGAUAUGCUGCUAUAAGUCUAGACUGCUGGAGAACUCCCAUCAUGCACUGCUGGAGAACUCCCAUCAUGCACUGCUGGAGAACUCCCAUCAUGCCCUGAGGCAAAUAAAGCAAGGCAGAUAUAUGAGUUUGAACAGCCAAACCCAUCUAUUCACACAUUUGCUCUGGUUUAAAGUUCAUUAAAUCAUGUUCCACACAUCAGAAGCAGUAAAUUACAUAUUUUUAUUGAAAAUAAAUUUGACAUUGAUUGAACAUGGACAUUUUAAACAGUUUAUGGUCUUUAUCUGUUACAAAACAUUUAUAUAAAUAUACUUAGUGCAGUGUGACAGUCACUGUGUGAGCAGGAGAAAAUAAAAUUCAUUUGACCAUAUUCACGUUUGUUUUAUAUUGAUCAGGGUCACAUGUUAUUAAAACAACUGCAUCCACUCAUUUAAUAAAAAAACACCAUACAAAAAUCAAUCUAACUUAUAAAGUAAACACACUAUGAAUAACAUAAUAAUAUUAAUGAAAGACAAACUGGCACAUUUUUCCCUUUACAGCCUCAGUGAAAAUAUGAGUUGGUACAAAAGAAGAAACAUGAUAUUUAGAUCAAAGGAGUCUGUGGCACAUUAAAGGUAAAACACAGGAGGACGAUGAUCAGCUGAUCACGAUCAAAGCUGCAUAGAAUCAAUAUCACUCUAAUGUAGAGAAGACACUUUGGAACAUCAUGUGCUGGUUCUACUUUCUUUUUAUCAAAAUACCCAGAAUCCUUUUUCCUUUUUCCAUUAAACUGUGGAUUUAAAACCAACUGAAGCUCCAGCCUGGUGAGGUUCUUCAGGUGAAGAUGAAGAUACUCUUCAUCAGAACGACCCAAACAAGGUUGAUGAUCUCAGAGAAUAAUUCAUGAUGAAAACAAUUAGACUGACAUUUAUGAGUGUGUGUGAUUUGGUGCAUGUGUGAAUUAAAGCUGAACAUUAAAGAUGAACUUGGCUGAACGUCUCUUUCCUGACGUGAAGGCCGAUGAUCGCUCCAGGCAGAAGGAGAAUUACUUUUAUAUUAUAUAUAUUUGAAAAUAACGAGACAUGAACCAGACUCGAGCUUCAAGCUUCUGGGAACGUUUGGGUCACGUAGCAGAACUAGAGUCUAAACUCUGGAGAGAGAACGUCUCUUAAUCACAAGAGAACAAACCUCUGAGGAAGAAUCACGAUUAUCACCUCAAGGAUCAUAAGUAAUAAAUAUAUUUCAGUGACUCGUCAAUAUACAAUAGUACAAUAAGAUACUUAAAAUAUAGAAAAAUAUUAUUACGCUCGUUACUUUGUGAUAAAAUAUAGGAUCGUGAAGCAAAAAGGUCAAAGUGCAAAAACAACAGAAACCGUCUCCUCCAACUUUAAAAAGAAAAUGCACAAUAUUAAUAAUGAUGCAGGUGCAAAGUUCACAGUUCACUGGUGUAACAGGAGGAACCAGGUGAGAUGUUCAUCGUGGAAACAGAACCAAUACGCAGCAGAACAGAUUUUCUUGUAUUUCUACCUGAACUGUUACGUUCUGAUUCACUGAUGGAAACUUCGUAAUAUUCCAUUGUUAUUUGUAUUUAACAGUUUUAAAGCCAUGUUUUAAAUCCGUGGCACAAAAUCAAAAACCAUGUGUUUUUAUCAUUGAUCCGAUGUUUUCUUCAAUAUGAAUUUUUAGUCUGGAAGCGUCUGAAGAUAAUGACCAAGUCAAUAUCUUCAGACCGUUUCCAACCUGAAGCAUAAAAUACAAAAAUAUUUAGUUUAUUAUCAAAGAAUAUUCUUAAAUUAAUCCACUGUCUUCUUCUGUAUCCACUGAUACUAUCUCUGUAUUUUAUAAAUUACAUCCUGUACAGUGAAAAAAAUCUGCUCAGAGCCGAAGGUACGAGAGGAACGAGUCUCAGCAGAGAAGAAGAGAGAUUCAGUUUGAUGUAAAGAUGAAUUAGUGCAACACACUUAGAUCUUAACUAGAUGUUUCUCUGCUCCAGUGACGAAGUGAAAAGAUAUUUUGCAUAAAAUGUUACAGCCACAUGUGUGAGUCACAUUAAAUCUGAUUUGAUCAGAGCUGUUUGUCACAGUCGCUCUGGUUAUUCACUGUGAAGUGACUUCAUGCCUCUUUGAUAAAAGUGUUCUGAGGAUAAUCUGAAGUUAAGAUUAACGAGCUGAACUAAACAGUUUCAGUUUUACUCAUGUGGAGCUUCCUG